AUCCAUGAGCUGAAGGCUAGGAAGCACAGAGGUCCAGGCUCUGCCAUGCCCUCUCCGCUUCUCCCGUUGCUGCUUCGUUCGCUGCUCUCCCGCCUCCUGCUGCCUGUUGCCCGCCUGGCCCGCCAGCACCUCCUGCCCCUGCUGCGCCAACUGGCCCGCCGACUGAGCUCCCAAGACGUGAGAGAGGCUUUGCUGGGCUGUCUGCUGUUUGUCCUCAGCCAGCAACAGCCACCGGAUGCUGGAGAGACCUCCAGAGUGGACCACUCCCAAAGGAAGCAGAGAUUGGGCCCCCAGAAGUGA